AUGGAUACCUACUGUCGCCAACUCGAGCGCGUUCAACGCGAUAUAGAGAACGAUGUGCAUGCUGGGGAUUGCUUAGUCAAGACCAUGAUCACUAGGAAGGAAAAAGAUCAGUUGGAUGAUCUGGAUAUGACCAUGCUAGCCUCUGCGUUCAUGUUGGAUGGCAUAAAUACGACUGGGUCAAUCAUACAGUGGUUUAGUGCACCGAUUCCCUCUUACCUGCACGUACAGCGCUGGGCUCAUGAAGAACUCGACCGCGUCGUCGGCCGUGACCGCCUUCCUAAUCUGGGAGACGAGGCCAGUUUACCCUAUUGUCGGGCCAUUGUCAAAGAGGUGGAGCGCUGCCACAAUCCGUUUUGGCUGGGCAUUCCGCAGGCGGCGAGCAAGGUCAUAUGGUCUGACCCUCUGAACUUCCAUCCUGACUGUUACCUCGACGAAAAUUUUUCUUCUGUCCAUUCUGCAAGACUAGAUGAUCCGCGUCUGCGCGACCACUAG